AUGAUCAAAAUAACACAGGGACAGUUCGCGUUUUCCGGAAUUGGAUUUCGUGUCGAUCAUGUGAUCAUCAAUAUGACACACGUGGAUUGCAAACCACGUACAUCUUCGGCACAGUCCUCGGCCCAGCGUCGGGGUGUCGGACUUGAAUCAGAUGAGGCCAGGGUGGGAAGUUUUGCCGAUGACAAUCCUUUUUGCACAGAAUCAAUCGACGUGACAAACAUGCUGAAUUUAUUCUCCUACAACAACUAUGAUGCAUUCUGUGCGGCCUACGUGUUCACUUAUCGAGACUUUUCUGGUGGCACACUUGGCCUGGCCUGGGUCGGUUCGCUUAGUGGACCGGGCGGCGUUUGUUCGAAGUACCGUCUGUUAUCUGAGGGCUCACAACAUGUGCAUAAAAGUUUGAAUACCGGGCUCGUGACUCUGGUGAACUUCGGACGUGCUGUGAGUUGA